CGCCGCAGCCGCAGCCCCACCGGCCCGCACCGCCCCCACGCAGGGCGGGCGCCGCGCGCUUAUUCGGCGGGGAGCAGCGCGGCCAGCCGCCGGCCGCCGCUGCGGGAUGCUGCGCUCCACGUCCACCGUCACUCUGCUCUCGGGCGGCGGCGCCGGGGCGUCCGGGGCGCCCAGCAGGAGGACAAAUGUCUGCAGACUGCGGCUGACCAUACCCCCUGAGAGUCCAACCUCAGAGUCAGGUGAAAAGAAGAUUGAAAGAAAAGAACAACACCCUGACCUAAGCAAUGGGGAGCCAACCAGGAAACUUCCUCAGGGUGUUGUCUACGGCGUGGUGCGGAGAUCGGAUCCAAAUGAGCAGAAAGAAAUGGUGGUGUAUGGGUGGUCCACCAACCAGCUGAAAGAAGAGAUGAACUACAUCAGAGAUGUGAGAGCCACUUUGGAAAAAGUAAGGAAGCGAAUGUAUGGAGACUAUGACGAAAUGAGACAGAAGAUUCGACAGCUCACCCAGGAAUUGUCAGCUUCCCAGGCUCGGCAGGAGUAUCUCGAGAAUCACAUCCAGACACAGUCGUCGGCCCUGGACAGUUUUAAUGCCACGAACUCAGCCUUAACGUCGGACUCCAUCGGCCUGCAGAAAACCCUGGUGGAUGUUACUUUGGAAAAUAGCAGCAUUAAGGAUCAAAUGAGAGAUCUGCAGCAGACCUACGAAGCAUCCAUGGGCCAGCUGCAGGAAAAGCAGAGGCAGCUGGAGGUGGCGCAAGUUGAAAACCAGCUGCUGAAAAUGAAGGUGCAGUCCUCCCAGGAAGCCAACGCGGAGGUGAUGAGGGAGAUGACCAAGAGGCUGUACAACUGGUACGAGGAAAAGCUGCAGGAAGAGCGGCAGAACCACAGCGCCGAGAAGGAGGCUCUCCUGGAAGAAACCAAGAAUUUUCUGAAAGCUAUUGAAGAAGCCAAUAAAAAGAUGGAAGUGGCGGAGAUCAGCCUCGAGGAGAAGGACCAGAGGAUCGGAGAGCUGGACAGGCUGAUUGAGCGCAUGGAAAAGGAACGUCAUCAGCUGCAACUCCAGCUCCUGGCCCAUGAAACAGAAAUGUCAGGGGAGAUAACGGAUUCUGACAAGGAAAGGUAUCAGCAGCUGGAGGAGGCAUCUGCCAGCCUCCGGGAACGGAUCCGGCACCUCGACGACAUGGUGCAUUGCCAGCAGAAGAAAGUCAAGCAGAUGGUUGAGGAGAUCAUGUCACACGAGCUCUUCUCCAGAUUUAGUCUCCGGUUCUUUGGAAGAUGAUAAAAUGGUAGCCUGGGUUGGAAGCAAUUGCUUUUAUUGUUCGUGAUUAGAAGAAUACUCGUACUCUGCUGGGAAGAGGGGGCAUGUCCCUCUGUGAUGAGCCGAUGAACAAAACAGGAAGGACAUGGUGUGGAAAGGAGAAUUUGACCACGUAGGGCUCUCAUUUGUGAAAAUACCACACACUGUCACCUCGCCUUGUCCAGCCUCAUGCUGCAGAGUCAAGAGAACUCAAAGGAUAUUUUUAGAAACUUGGGUUCCUAGACAUCGAACAAAGAGCUGCGAUGAAAAAUAAUACUAAAAAAUAAUUCAGGAAAGCAGGUGGAGGCUGGUUCUAAGAUCUUGGAAAAGGAAGCUGCACUUCUGGAAAGCUGCCAAGGACACCUGCUAAGGCUGGGACUCGGGCUUGAAGAACUUGAGUGCUCCAGGAAGGAAGUGCUCCCCACCAGAUCACACCCCACAUAAUGCGGAAGCCGUCAAGUGUCCGUGUAGUUUGGUUAUAUUUGCAUGUGGGAGGUGGCCCUGAGGAUGUCCUCUUGGAAUGGAGAUCAAAAGCACUAGUCAACGUAGCAUUCUCUUUGUUGAAGCAGGGUUCGGUUUGCUUUUUAUCUCCAUGGGCAUUCUGCCCGAAUUGGCAGUUCAGCUAACUUCAUGGAAAGGAGAAGUCUGUCUGAGGAAAAGAGAAAUAUAUUUGAUCGAAAUAUAUUGAAGUGAAAUACAGUCCAUGCCUGCUUUAUUCUUUUUAUUUUUAAAGAUUUUAUUUAUUUAUUUGACAGAGAGAGACAGAGUGAGAGAGGGAACACAAGCAGGGGGAGGGGAGAGGGAGAAGCAGGCUUCCCGCAGAGCAGGGAGCCCGAUGCGGGACUCGAUCCCAGGACUCUGGGAUCAUGACCUGAGCCGAAGGCAGACGCUUAAUGACUGACUGAGCCACCCAGGCGCCCCGCCUGCUUUAUUUUUAUAGAGAUCUUCUUGAGACAAGCCACAGGGGCUGGUAGGUCACCCAAACUUAACAGCGUAACUGAAGACUAGUAGUGGUAGUAGCCCCAGUAGCAGUAAUAAUCAGUGGGUUGGUUAGCCUAAUAAGCUAGUAGACUGGGCUGAUGGAGUGGCUGCAUUAAGGGGCGGGGUGUCACUCAGGUGUUGGGUGGUUCUCCAGUCCCACUUCUCCAUGGCAGAGUGGGCGGGUAAAUGGUUGCCUGUCAGUAUUUGUCUUCGGUCUUUCAUUCAGAUGCUUCUACCCCACGUUAGCAAGUAGGCAGUGGAUGGCGAAGGAGGCUUUGGAUUCUUAAGGCUUCAUUUUGUCCCUUGGCCUCGCACAUCCCCACCCAAAGGAGGCGUUACUCAGAAGUUUGAGGCAGAAUUUAUAUACGGUAAAUAAAAAUGUUACAGUUUCAAAUUCUCAUGUUCAACAUAUUAUUCACUAAAAUGUGAGGUUUUUAGAAGGGAUCAGAAAGCUCACUGUGUGUGCAAACCUUUUUUCCCCCCUAUACGUUAUGGAAAUAUUGAAGGUUUAUUUUAUGAUACCUGCUGAUUAAUAUAUUCAGGAUACAAACUGUCCUUUUGAGGGAGCAGGUCUUUUCUUUGUAAAUGUCACUGAAUUCACUUUCUUCUUCGUUGAGAUUGUUUGUAGUUGGCUGUAAAAUAUUUCUCAGAGACCUGCGUGCCCACGUUCUACCCAUAGAGUUUGUGAGACUCCACUCAUGUUCCAAGUAACUAUCAGCUACUGAAUGUUUCUCAUGCUUCUCGGCCAUGCGUCUAGACCCAACAUUCCCACAUUCAUCCUCUUAUGGGGCAUAUGAUUUAUACAAUUUUUUUUUUGGCACAGGAAACUGAAGCUUAGCGUCUUAAAUAAGUAGCUGGCAGUCUCUCAGCAAAUGAUGAUGGUGCUGGGGCCACAAGAUCUUUGGCUCCAAAGCCAGUGUUCAUUCUUUGCUUCUAAUUUUGUGUAUUUUUUGUUUGUUUGUUUUUGUUUUUAAAGAUUUUAUUUAUUUAUUUAUUUGCGAGACAGAGAAUGAGAGACAGAGAGCAUGAGAGGGAGGAGGGUCAGAGGGAGAAGCAGACUCCCUGCCGAGCAGGGAGCCCGAUGUGGGACUCGAUCCCGGGACUCCAGGAUCAUGACAUGAGCCGAAGGCAGUCGCUUAACCGACUGAGCCACCCAGGCGCCCCAAUUUUGUGUAUUUUUUAAUUGGAAAAAAAAAUUUUAAUAUGGAAGAUUACAGAGAAUGGUAAAAACAAAGACCCAGGUACUCUCCUCUAGAAGUGACAAAAUGUUAACAUUUUGGCAUAUUUCAGAUUUUUUCCAAGUAAAAGAAAACAGUAGCAAGAAGAGGUUCUUUCUAUUCCUCUGAUCUUUUUCCUUCUUCUCCACUCUCUCCCUCUUCAGAAGCCUUUUGGUCUCCAUCCAGGCCAUGUUUUGAUGCUUUUACUACAUACAUAUGUAUCUAUUAUCAGUAUUUAGCCUAAUGUACGUGUUUAAAAAUGUAUGUUCAUCUUUAUAACAUGUAAGUAAGUAGAUAUUAUUGUAUAUAGUAUUCAACUUACUCUUUUCCCCAAUUUUGUUUUUGAUGUCACAAAGAGCUACAUUAUUUAUUUUAAUGGAUCUCUAAUAUUUCAUUGUAUUAAUGUAUCAUCAUGUGUCCUACUGAUAGAUAUUUAGCUUGUUUCCAAAUUUGUAUUCCUUUGCAAACAAUGCCAAACAGUCUCUUUGCUUCUGUAGUUAGGGAACGUGGCUGGAGGAGGAGCUGCUGGGGCCUUGGGUUGCGCAGUCUCCCCUCUGCUAGAUACUGCCCAGUUGGUCUCCGGGGGGUGCGCCCAGUUCCACCCACCGGGAGGGUGGGUUUCCCCACAUCCUCACCACCUCUUGGCGCCGCUGGACUAUAAUUUUAGCCAGUUGUGAAAUAGUAGCUCUUUGACUCUGAUUUGCUCCAGCCCAGUUACUGCUCAUCGCUAUGGGUGCCGCUGAGCAUCUUUUCAUCAGCGUGUUGACCAUGCAGGCUUCCGCCUUCGUGAAUUGGCCGCUCUUCUCUUUUGUCCACUUUCCCGUGUGGACAGCUGCUGAUUUGUCAGAACUCUGGGUACUACCGAUACUGAUCAUUUGUCACAAAGUGUUUGUAUGCUGUUACCUUCUCCCAGCCACUGUUUGUUUGUUUGUUUAUGGUAUCUUGUAUAAUGCACGUGUGUUUUACAUUUUGGUAUAAACUUGUCAAUCCUUUGGUGCUGUGUUGUGUGUCUUGUUUGUUUGCCAUCAGGAUAUUUUUGUGAUAGCUUUUCAUCUUUAUGGCUUUAGUUACAACCCCCACCACACUCCUACCCUUUAUCUUCUCUCACUCUUUUUCUCCAUAGCACUUACGUCCUAGUAUAUACUACACUUCUCUGUUUUGCAUACUUAUUUGUUGUCUGUUUGCCCCCACUAGAAUGUAAGCUCCACGAGGGCAGUGGCUUUUCUCUGUUUUGCUCUUGGCUAUGCUCCUAACAUCUGGAACAGUCACUGGCAUAUAGUAGGUGCUCAAUAAAUAUUUGCUGAACAAAUAAAGAAUAAUCCAUGUGGAAUUUAUUUUUGUGUUUAUAGUGUGAAUAGGGCUGCAUUUUUCAUUUUGUGGGUUUUCUUUUUUUUCUCACGAAAAGCUUGUUUCUCUAACAGCGUUUACCGAACAUUCCAUCCUUGCCCCACUGAGUUUUGCAUGGCCCCUUUAUCAAGCUGGAGUCGCUUCCCUUGUGCUGCUGUCUGUAAAUACUCCUGUUCUCCUGCCCUGAUGGGUCCAUCAAAACACAUUUAAUAAGCGCCUUUCAUGAACCAAAUGCAAACAUGGACGUGAGUUCUUGCCCUUAAAGGACUUUCUGGUUGAUACUAAAACUUGUUAGAACUCAAGGCCAACUAUGACAGGUAUUAAGCAGGGGUAUGAACUGCUUGCUGGGGACAGAGAAGCCGGUGGGGACAGGAGUGAUUAAGUUCAUAGGCUUUGAGUAAAUUGAAUCUGGCUUUGCAUCUGCUCCUCUCUUGACUAGACUUUAUAUCUUGAGCAAGUUACUUCUUCUCCAACAUUCAGUUUCCUUAUCAACCAAAUGAGGACGAUCCUAACCAUACCUGCUUCAGAGGCUGUUUUAAGGCUUGACUGAUGUAACACAGGCUAGGGGUUUGGCGCAGAGUCCCUAAGCGUUGACUAAUGCUGAUGUGGGUGCAGAGGCCUUGGGGAGGAGGUGAUAUAUGAUCACGUCUUGCAGGUUGGGUUGGAUUUUUCUAGGCAGGGAUUGAAUGGGUGGAAAAGGACAUGCCAGACAACAUAUAGAAUAACAACAACAAACCAACAGAAACCAAAGACAUGGAGACCAGAAAGUUUAGGGUGAGUUCGGAGAGCUACCAGUCUAGUUUGACUGGAUCCGACUGGGGAGAGAUAAUGGAGAGCCUGGAAAUGAGGUGGAGACCAGUUGUGGGUUCGCACCCCCUCGGCACCAAGCUGAGACAAUGUCUGGUGUUACCCUCCUCCAGAUUCCUCAGUGGGGCCCUCUGCCUGGUCAGAUCUGACCCCAGAGUGAUGCCUCAGGCAGGAGGGAGCUAGGUGAAUAGGAGGGGAGAGAAGCCAGAAGGGCAGCUUGGAGGCUCCCAGGAGAAGCCUGGCCAGUGCGGGUGAGGGGCCACACUCCAGGACACUUGAACUUAGGAACAUUUUAAAAACCACCACUGUUUAGGCACCAGCUCUGUCCCACCUGUGGAGCUCGGGCUGUCAUGUGCCUCAUCUUACGUUCGUCUGAAACCGUUCUUUCCCUGGACGUUCCUGUUCAGCGGAGGGUCUUUUGUCCCUGAUACUGCAGCUAUCAAGGAAAGCAUGGGGCUAGGGACACAUCGAGUGCCCUCUUCCCCGCUUCUACUUUCCACUUUCCUCCUCUAAAGUCAGAGGGAAAAAGAACAGCCUCAAGACUUCGGGCCGCCGCAGAUGCUCUGUAAAGGAAGAUCCCAGCCAACGUUCCUCCCAGCCUUGCCUAAUUCCCGGCCCCAUUGCAGUGAUAGGCCGUCACCACAGGGAGGGUGGAAGCACACCCCUGAACAUCAGUGUGGCGAGAGAAAGAGCUGGGGCCUCGACAUCAGGGAGAUGUAGAUUUAGAUCUCAGCCCUGCCGGCAUCCAGCUCUCAGGUGACCAGCUGUCCUGGUU